AUGUGCGUGAGAAAAUGUACUAUUCCUGAGGAGUCUGAGACUCAGGUGUUGAUUAAGCUACCAUCUGACAUAAGAAAGGCGGCGAACCGAUGUGUGUUGAUCGAAGACGCACCUUUAAAGACAGUGGCUCAAAAUUGCAUGACGGCAAGGACUCUUGUCAAAAGAAAUUCUUCCGCGGUAAGGGUUGUAAACCUGGAUCACCGCGAAAUUGCGUUUAAUAAAGGUGACGUCAUAGGACAAUGCGAAGAAGUUGUUUGGGGGAGAAAAUGUGCUUCGACGCCAUAUUUAAAAACAUUAAGCACCAGGAGUGACUCAGCAGUCACCGAACUUCUUAAGGACUGCAAUAAUCUAACUUAUUCGCAGAGCAUUAAAGCUAAGUAG